GGGAUUUACCUGACACUGCUUUCCCAGCAGUUUGGCUUUUCAGUUACCUGAGGCGUAUGAGGGUCUUCGAGUAGUUCCCGAGCCAGCGGGCAUCAGCGGCCCCACAAGAGCCCUUCGCUUCUCGGAGCCCACGGCCGGCUCUGUGUUGGUAAAGAUGAGUACCCACCCUUCCUCUCCUUUUGACCCUGAGCGUCGAGUCCGGAGCAUGUUGAAAAAGGUCUUUGGGUUUGACUCUUUUAAGACGCCUUUGCAGGAGAGGGCGAUCAUGGCUGUAGUGAAAGGUGAUAAGGAUGUCUUUGUGUGCAUGCCCACUGGGGCAGGAAAGUCCCUCUGCUAUCAGCUCCCUGCUCUGUUGGCUAAAGGCAUCACCAUCGUGGUCUCUCCUCUCAUUGCUUUGAUUCAGGACCAGGUGGACCACUUGCUGGCUCUGAAGGUCCGAGUGAGUUCCCUGAACUCGAAGCUGUCGGUGCAGGAGAGGAAGGAGCUGCUUUCCGACCUGGAGCAGGAAAAGCCCCAGACCAAGCUUCUGUACAUCACGCCAGAGAUGGCGGCUUCCACCUCCUUCCAGCCCACCCUGAACUCCCUGGUGUCUCGCCACCUGCUCUCCUACCUGGUGGUGGAUGAAGCUCAUUGUGUUUCCCAGUGGGGGCACGACUUCCGCCCUGACUACUUGCGUCUGGGAGCCCUGCGCUCCCGCCUGGCAGAUGCCCCGUGCGUGGCUCUGACCGCCACGGCCACCCCGCAGGUCCGAGAGGAUGUGUUUGCUGCCCUGCACCUGAAGCAGCCAGUUGCUAUCUUCAAGACUCCCUGCUUCCGGGCCAACCUCUUCUAUGACGUGCAGUUCAAGGAACUGCUUCCUGAUCCUUAUGGGAACCUGAGGGACUUCUGCCUUAAGGCUCUUGGACAGAAGGCUGAUAAAGGGUUGUCCGGCGGCGGCAUCAUCUACUGCAGAACCAGAGAGGCCUGUGAACAGCUGGCCAUAGAGCUUAGUUACAGGGGUGUGAAUGCCAAGGCGUACCAUGCAGGGCUGAAGGCUCCUGAAAGAACACUGGUGCAGAACGAGUGGAUGGAGGAGAAGGUCCCUGUAAUUGUGGCGACCAUUAGUUUUGGGAUGGGAGUGGACAAAGCCAAUGUCAGGUUUGUUGCCCACUGGAAUAUUGCCAAGUCUAUGGCUGGGUACUACCAGGAGUCUGGCCGGGCGGGCAGAGAUGGAAAGCCUUCCUGGUGCCGCCUCUACUACUCCAGGAGCGACCGCGACCAAGUCAGCUUCCUGAUCAGGAAGGAAGUUGCAAAACUCCAGGAAAAGAGAGGGAACAAAGCAUCUGAUAAAGCUGCAGUCUUGGCCUUUGAUGCCCUGGUGGCCUUCUGUGAAGCGUCAGGGUGCCGCCAUGCUGCUAUUGCCAAGUACUUCGGGGACUUGCCCCCCGCCUGCACCAAAGGCUGUGACUGCUGCCAGAACCCCGCAGGUGUGCGGAAGCAGCUGGACGCUUUGGAGCAGAGAAGCAGCUGGAACAAGACCUGCAUUGGGCCCUCCCAAGGGAACGGCUAUGACCCCGAGCUGUACGAAGGAGGCCGCAGGGGUUACGGGGGCUUUAGCAGGUAUGAUGAAGGGUCUGGAGGCAGCGGGGACGAGGGCAGAGACGAGGCCCAGAAGCGGGAAUGGAAUCUCUUCUACCAGAAGCAGAUGCGCCUGCGCAAGGGCAAAGACCCCAAGACAGAAGAAUUCGUACCCCCAGAUGAGGACUGUCCCCUGAGAGAGGCUGCCAGUAGGAAGAUCCCCAGGCUCACUGUGAAGGCCCGUGAGCACUGCCUGGGGCUCCUGGAGGAGGCGCUGAGCAGUAACCACCAGGCCACAGGUUCCGCUGAUGGACUUGACCUCCAGGCCAAGGCAGUGGAGCUGGAACACGAGACAUUCCGCAGUGCCAAGGUGGCCAACCUGUACAAGGCCAGCGUGCUGAAGAAGGUGGCUGAGAUCCACAGAGCCUCGAAGGAGGGGCAGCUGUACCGUGUGGGAGGCAGCACCAGCAGCUGCAGCGCCCAGGCCGAGCCCCCGGAGCCCACCGAGCAUGACAUCCUGCCUGCCUCCCAGGUGUACUCGCUCAAGCCCAAGCGGGUGGGAGCUGGUUUCCCCAAAGGCUCCUGCCUGUUCCAGACGGCCACAGAGCUGAUGGAGAAGACGUGGGUCCCAGAGCAAGAGCCCCGGCCUGAGCAGGGUGGUGAGCAGGGGGCCCCCAGCCGGCCCUGUGACCGCCAGGGUACGGAGUGCGCCGAGCCCCUCCCCGGGCUCCAAGGAGAGGCCCCCGGGAGCGAUGCUGUUUGUCAGGGGCCCUCCCCCGAGGAGGAGAGAGGCCCUGCCCGGGGCAGCCCCACCACCAAGGUCCGGGUCAAUAAGAAGCAGCAGCUCCUGGCCGCCGCGGCACUCAAGGACUCUCAGAACAUCACCCGCUUCUUCUGCCGAAGGACCAAGAGCCCGCCCCCACUCACUGCAGCCCUAGGGGUAGAUAGUACCAGCCCCUCCCGUGAUGGGGUGUGGAGACCCCUGACGCUCCUGGAGAAGGGCUCAGGGCAGGAGGAUGGAGCCGUGGGGCGUUUGGCUGCCCGCCCCGAUACCAAGGAGUGCGCUGAGGAGGGGCCGAGUGCCUGCCCGCUCAGAGACCAGAGGCCCCCCGAAGGCCAGCCCAGCCCCACAGAGGAGGCACAGAGAGGCAAGCGGCCCAGACCCCAGCAGGAGAACCCGGGGAGCCAGGCUCAGAAGAGGCCACGUCCCUCAGCCAAGGCCUCCAUCCUAGCUGAGGCAAAGGGCAGCGUCUCAGCCAGCGACCAGAGCCCCCCGAGCCCCCAAGGCUCCUGCCAGCUCUCGGCACCCAGCAUUUCCCUGAAGGAGGCUGCGAGUGUGGUGGUCAAGUGUCUGACCCCCUUCUACAAGGAGGGCAAGUUUGCAUCCAAGGAACUGUUUAAAGCCUUCGCCCGCCACCUCUCACACUCACUGACCCAGAACCUCUGUCCGGGAAGAAGCGUGAAGGAAGAGGCACAGGACGUCAUCAAGCAGUUGUUCCGUGGCCGAGCCCGGUGCGAGAGUGAAGCCGACUGGCACGGCCUGUGUGGCCUGCAGAGAUGACCGAUGGGGCCCGAUGGGGCCCACAUUCCUGCCUGCCCCCCAGACUCCAGCGUGGCCCACCCCAGCGUCGCUCAGGACCAGGGAGGGUGGGCGGCCUGCUCCCAGGCUUUCCCCGCUUCCAGCCACACCUCACUUUGGAAAUGGGCCCGAACACCUCCCAAAGCGCGGUCAGCCCACCUUUCUUUUUGCUCGCAAAGCCUGAGGCCCUCUUUCUCCUUGCCUGCCUGCCUUCCUGGCCCUCGCAGUUGGGUUUUCUGGGCCAGAUCCCCAGGUGAGAAAGGGGCAUAUGGUGUGGUGGCUGCCAGAGGAGCAGAAAGAAAAUGGUCCCUCCACCUCUUAAAACACUUUAAACUCAGGGCGAGGCCCAGCAGGCCAAGGCCAUGGAGCCGAUUCAGGAGGAGCCCCUGCUGCCCUUGGUCCACCCCCACCGCCCUCUCCCCUCACGAUGCCGCCUGCAGUCCAGCCCAGAGGCAGAGCUCAUGCCAAGAGGGGCAGCAGCCCGCCCUGCCCCUGCUCACCUCCUGGUCAGGAAGACCGGGCGGGACAUCAGCAU